AUGAGGUAUCUUCCAUCAAAACCAAAAGAACCUCUGUUAACUUACAACGUUCCAACUCGACUAUGGCAAAAGGUUGGAACUUAUUUGUUUCAGUGGGCUAAUAAAAAUUACUUAAUUAUUGUUGAUUAUUAUAGCAUGUGGCCGGAAGUUUUUCCGCUUUCAAAUACCAAUUCGAUAAAUGUAAUAUUAGCAUGCAAAGAAUCCUUUUCUAGAAAUGGUGUCCCGGAGGAAUUGGCUUCAGAUAAUGGUACACAAUAUACUUCAAAGUUGUUUUAUCAAUGUUCUCAACAGCGGAAAUUUAGACAUACAGUAAGUAUUUCGCACUAUCCAAGAUCAAAUGGAUUAGCUGAAGCCACUAUUAAAUUAGUUAAGCUUAUUGUAAAAAAGUGCCAUUUGUCAAACGAAGAAAUUUUUAAAGGUAUUUUUAUAUUGCGCAAUUUUCCAAUAUAA